AUGUCGCAGGUUCCAGAAAACGCACCACAGCACUGCCCGGGUACAGACAGCGAGGCUGCUGGAAAAGCUGAGGCUUGUGCUGGAUGUCCCAACCAAGCUGUCUGCUCGACACUAACCCACGAACCAGACCCAGCAAUCGCAGAGAUACAGAAGAAGCUGUCUAGAGUGAAGCAUAAGAUCCUGGUUCUAUCAGGUAAAGGAGGAGUCGGAAAGAGCACGUUCACGGCCCAUUUGGCACAUGCACUGGCAGCUGAUGAGAAUCUACAGAUUGGCGUCCUUGAUGUGGACAUAUGUGGGCCAUCAUUGCCCAGGAUCAUGGGCACAGAGGGAGAGACCGUCCACCAGAGUGGCUCAGGCUGGUCUCCGGUGUAUGUGCGGGACAAUCUGGCCAUGAUGUCCAUUGGAUUUUUGUUGGGCUCUCUAGAUGAUGCGGUCAUUUGGAGGGGUGCCAAGAAAUCUGGCAUGAUCAAACAGUUUCUGCGUGAUGUGGACUGGGACAAGCUUGAUUACCUGGUGAUUGACACCCCACCUGGAACAUCAGACGAGCACCUGUCGCUGGUUCAGUACCUGUCAGGUGCCGGUAUUGACGGUGCCAUCGUUGUGACCACGCCACAGGAAGUGGCAUUGUGUGAUGUUCGGAAAGAGAUUAGCUUCUGUCGGAAGACAUCAGUUCCGGUUAUUGGCAUUGUCGAAAACAUGGGAGAUUUUGUCUGCCCCAAAUGCCACAAAACAUCCACCAUAUUUCCACCCACCUCUGGGGGAGCUAUCAAAAUGGCGGAGAAUCUGGGAGAACGAUUUCUAGGAACUUUGCCAUUAGACCCAAGAAUAGCCAAGUGCUGUGAUGAAGGAAAGUCGUUUAUUGAUGAGAUACCAGAUUCUCCGGCAGUGGCUGCUUUCAAGAGCAUAGUUGAGAAAAUUGUUGAUUACUGUCGAGAUGUUGUUAAAAAUAAAGAGGUGGAAACUGGUGAGGCAUCAAUGGAUGUUUCCUAA